AUGACCGAAAAACCGGUGUCGUUGUCUACGCAGUCCGCGGCUCCUAGUCAGAUCGCUCCCGUUCUACCGGGCGCAAUACCCAAGGACGAAGCCGCUCGACCAGCGGACGGAGCGGAAGAAGAACCAUAUACAAUAAAGUGUAUCUGCAACUUCUCUGACGAUGAUGGAAACACAAUUUAUUGCGAGACAUGUGAUACGUGGCAGCACAUCGAUUGCUUUUACCCCGAUAAUCGAGAUGAAGCCAUUCGCGAGGAUUUCGCACACUCCUGUGCAGAAUGCAAACCUCGGCCCCUCGAUCGUCAAAAGGCUAUCGAGCGUACCCUCCGUCUCAAGAAUGGGACUGCGGGAGAUGAACGUACCGACAAAAGAACAAAACGACCUCCCUCGAAGAGUCACAAGAAGAGGUCGAAGCCCGCUGAUUUACCAAUGAAUGGCCAUGCUAGCCCCCAAGAGAAUGGCAGAUAUAAUCAUGCUGGAGAUCAGCAGCCCCCUCCUAAAAAAGCGAAACAUCGUUCUUCACAAUCCGUCAGCUCACAAGCCCCCAAGCGGAGUCCCUCCUACGGAAAUGGCAGAUCAAAUACUGCCCAUCCUCCAAGCCCUGCCACCACCCCACCAGAUCUGCCUGAAGAUUUUCAAAUCCACCAAUACUCCCAAGGGUUCUACAACUUGUACAAUGCGAGAGACGUCCCCGACUCGCACAACAAUGCCUUCGCUAGUCUUGCCAUUCCCACAGCGCUUUCUCGCUGGCUUCGCGACCCCAAUACGAUGAGGAGUGAAGUGGGGAGGCGACACUCAGAGGUCUUCCAAAAGACGCCCGCGAAUCUGGAAACCAACAAGCCUAAGCUUGAAGUUGGCGAUACCACGAGAACACUGGAUGACGGCAAAGCUCUCAGAUGGAGGUUUCUAAAAUCCAGUACACCAAUUGAGAAGGAUGUGCCUCUUGUUGAGCUGAACGGCGCAAUCGGAUUCCAAAAGGACUACUGCACUGAUCCAGCAAACCUUUGGGCCGAUCUAUCCUCUCCCCUUCCCUUCGUCUUCUUCCACCCCGUCCUGCCUUUGUAUAUCGACACACGACAGGAGGGUUCCUUGGCUCGCUAUGUCCGCCGAAGCUGCAAGCCCAAUGCCCAGCUUGAUACAUAUCUUUCUGACGAAAGCGAAUACCACUUUUGGAUCGUCAGCGACAGAUAUAUCUCCGCCAACGAGCAAAUCACCUUGCCGUGGGACUUUCGCUUAGAGAAGAGUGUACAUGCUCGUUGGCUUCACCUUCUUGGGUUGAGUGAUGACGACUCCUCCAGCAAUGCAGAGAUACCAGUGGAUGAAACAGAGUACAUGGCGAUAUCGAACUGGAUGAACCGGAUUCUCUCGGAAUAUGGCGGUUGUGCGUGCGACCUGGAUAACAACUGCGCGUUCGCACGCUUCCAUCGCCAAUACCUCCAUGGGAAGCCGCAAGUGCGUGGGCCUGCGAAGAAGAAACCAAGAAAGUCGAAAACACAGGCCAUCUCACCAACUAGCACAGGGCAGACCAUCACGAGUCGAGCUACAAGCGAAGGUCAUAUUGAGGACAGUGUAGAUCACGACAACAGAUCACAGUCAGGCUCUCUGCGAAGUAAACCACCCAGCCGUGACCUUACUCCUCUUCGACAGGGCUCUUUCGAUCAAUUAGGCAUCCUAACUGAACCAACAGACCGAGACAAACGCAAGGUUGCCAUGGUUGAGGAUACUUUCCGCCGUAUGGAGCAGCAACAACCACCGAGAAAGAAGAAGCGUGUAUCCGAUGGUACCUGCUCUACUUCCUCCAAGUCCAAGCAGCGUAACGGCUCAGUGGCAUCCCAUGGCAACUAUGUUGAUGCUGGGACUUGCAGGAGCCAUUCCGGAUCACCAACUAGCACCUCUCCACACAUUCAUCAAGGGCCGUCGAUGCCCAACCAGAGUCUUGCAGCCUCCAGGUCCCGCGAGUCUUCAAUUACACCCCGAGGGGUGUACUGCGAUGCUGCAGUACAAACCGACCCAGUUGAGGGCGCCUGGUUCAGCGAGCAUAACCGAUCUCCGCGUCCGAAGAAGCGCAUAAUUCCGCUUUCCAAACGACUACUCAACAGCCGCCAUAAGGUCAAGACCGAAGAGGACGACAUCCGAAGAAGGUCUUCAGUCAGUCAAGCCUCUAAUGGCACUGCAAUGGAAGUUGACUCGCCUGUGGAACACGCUCCGUCAAUUAAGCGAUCAGAAUCCGAGUUGCCGCCCUUGUUCCCUCCCUCCGGUGAUGCUCCUUUGGCGGAUGCUUCGUCACCAGCUACAACCCCUGUCCUGGGAUCAGCUGCAAGUGAUACCUCAGCAAGGACAAAAACCCCGGACUUCCGCGUGCAGUUACCCCCUGUACCCUCCUUUGACAGUACAGGACUGGGCAUCCACAGCAUCACAACUCCUCAGCCUGGUGUGGUGGCACAUUCGCCUCUUUCUGGUCCAUUGCCUAGUCCCUUUGCCCCACCGGCUGUCAACGGUGUAGCUGCCCAUCCCAGUCCAGUGAAAAAGAAACUUAGCCUGAGCGACUAUACGAAAAGUCGCAUGAACAAAGCCGCCGGCAAGACCGCUGGCGGACACGCUGUCCUGAAGCCUUCUAUUUCAAGCCCCGAGGAUACCAAGGUCGAUAUAGUGGUCGAUUCACAUUCGAUCGAGAAGCCUCCGGAAGGCAUGGUUAUGGCCCCUGUCGCUGCGACGAAUGGCUCCUUAUAA